AUGGAUCUUGCUGGCCUGCAAGCACACCGGUCUGGGCCUACCAAGGAAGCUCCAUUAGAUUUAGACGAUCGCACGGGCGAGACAAGGCCAGUGGGUUGUAAACGUGGCAAGGGUUGGGUCGACAAAUCAAGUUUGUGGUUGAGGCGAGAGAUCGCGAGCAAGCGAACCACCGGCGAGGAGCAUAACCGGCUGUGGAAAAGACGGCUUUCACCGGAAAUGGCGGUGGCUCUCAGCUGGUCCUCCGCCUUCCGCGUCGCUCUCUUCCUUCUCCUCCUCGCCGGCAUCGCCGUCGCUUUCACAACUCUUCCGGCAGAAAAGACUCUUAAGGAUUUCUUGCUAUGGGUUAAGCUGGAUCUUGGACCUUGGGGUCCACUUGCAUUGGCCAUUGCAUAUAUUCCUCUUACCAUUCUUGCGGUUCCAGCCUCAAUACUUUCUGUAAAAACCUAUUGUUGUUUCCUUGACAAACAUUUUUUAUGGUUUGGGUACUUUUCACAUAUGCAGCUUGGAGGUGGUUAUCUCUUUGGGUUGCCAGUAGGAUUUUUGGCUGAUUCAUUAGGUGCUACAAUAGGUGCUACAGCUGCCUUUCUUCUUGGUAAAUCGAUUGGGCGAUCUUAUGUCAUUUCUAAAUUAAACAAUUAUCCAAAGUUUCAAGCUGUGGCUAUUGCAAUUCAGAGAUCUGGUUUUAAGGUUGAGUAUGUGCGAUCUUUCAAGUUCAUGCAGAGCUCAAUGAGGCCUGAUCCUACACUCUUUAAGAAGUUCGUUUUGAGUUCAAGAGGAUUCUGUCUUAAGAUAGUUUUGCUGCUUCGGCUUGCUCCAUUACUUCCAUUUAAUUUGUUGAACUACUUUCUUGCUGUAACUCCUAUCCACCUGGGGGAGUACAUACUGGCAUCUUGGCUGGGGAUGAUGCCAAUAACAUUUGCUCUGGUAUACAUUGGAACGACUUUGAAGGAUCUUUCUGAUGUCACAAAUGGAUGGCCUGGAGUUUCAAUGACUCACUGGGUAAGACAUGUUUCUUUAUAG